GGGCUUUCCACGAAUUUAAAGUCAGUCAUGUGUUCGUUUAGUUUUGUUUUAUAGAAAAAGUGUUACACGCUCAAAUCCCAAUACAAAAAUACACACGCACACACGUAGGAAAAAAACGUUUAAAAGGAAACAGAGUAAUUCCGCCUAACGAUUAUCGGUCAUAGCCUUUGUGUGGCUGAGUGCAUUGGAAAAACAAAAAACAACCAAAAAAAGACCAAGAAAAAGACUUCUAGCCAAGAUGACAAAGAACAAAAAUCAAAAAAAGAAGGCGGCCGCUGCACGGUACAACAAUAACAAGAAUGGCACCGGCACGUCGCCCGAGAUCCUGACACCCCCGGCAACGCCGCCGACCGGCGAUGGCAUCACCACCCCGGCUCCCCCGGGUGCCUACGCCAAUGGAACGCCUCGCAAACCACUGGUGCCGUGGGAGCGCGAGUUCAUCGGAACUUUUCUGCUGGACAUGGCCGUGCGCCAGGUGAUCAGCGCCCAGACCGAGUGGUAUGUGGACAAGACCAAGCUGCGUCAGAUGUUUGAUGUCCACCUGGGAAGCCUGCCCAACAGCAGCGAAGUGCGCCUCAAGCUCUCCGUUCAGGGAGCCUGGAAUAUCGGAGCUCUGCUGCAUAGGACCAACUUUCUGAUCAACACGCCGCGGGGAAACAAUAACUACCGCAUCAAGAGCUUCUCCUUGAUGGACUUUCGCAAGGAGAAGUUCAAUUUGCUCGAUGAUCAGCACCGUAUGCGGGAUGCCAUUGCCAGGCCCAUCGUACCCGGAGCUCCUGUGGAGGGCAACAAGCCCAUAACCGAAGAAUAUAAACUCGAUACACAGGCCACGGCCACGCUUCUCAAAUACCAAAAGACGCAAGUGCAGAAACCGGAGAAAGAUUUCGAGCUGACCUCACUGGGCUGCUAUAUCUGCCAGAAGAACUUCGAGACAAUCGAGAGGUACGAGGAGCAUGUGGAGUACCAUGGCGACGAGUCCGAUUUCAAGUCCCUCGAAAAGAUGCAGAAGUUUUCUUCGCCCAGACUGACACUCUCCUAUCAGACCUGCGUGGAUAGUCACUAUUUUGGAUUCACUUUGAAGACCGACCUCAAGGAUUUGGUGGUGAACAAGUUCAUCAUAGUGCAGUCGCGGCAAUUCUACUACGUGUAUAACGCGCAAAUGCCACUAGAUGUUCCGGCCAGCGGAGAACUUGUCUUCUUCGUGGACUCGCACGUCUUCAUGAUCCUCCGGGAGCAGCCCAUCGUGAUCGGGUUCACCAGCCAGGGACAGAGGUUCGUGGAGCAGCACCACUUCAUGCGAACGGAGGCGCUGCCCAAGGCGAGCUUCAACAUCAACCCGUACCGGCUGUCCAACAACGAGACUUUCAAGAGCCAGGGUCUUCCGCCCGCCAAUCCGCCCACCCAGGUGGUCAGUGCCCUGAAGCACGAGGACGCCCAGGUGCGGCUGGCGGACUUUGACAAGCACUAUCGCAACUACUGUGAGAGGGGCAGCGAGAUUACCCAGGAGAACCUCUGCGGAACAUUGCGCACUUUGCUCCAGGUGGAGGACAUCGAGCGGCUGCAGCAUUAUUUGGGCCUUAAGCAGUCCAAAAUGGAGCUGCAUCAGUUCGGCCGGGAACUCUCGGUGAAGAUGCGCCUGGCCACCAAUAGUAUGAGCGUGGAGGAUGUCCUCUCCCCUGGCGACGAUGUGCUAAUCAUUAACGAGAAGGGUAAUCCGGAUUCGGGUGUACGCCAGAUGUUGGAUAACAAUAACCAAGUGCUGGAGCUGGCACUCAAAGAUUUCGACUCCAUCUUGAAGUGGGCCCGCGGUGUGGACGAGAAAUUUGGAUCGCUGGAGAAGCAACCGCGCGUUUACUUUGCUCGCAUCCUUGGUGUCUCCACGCAGCGGGUGAAUAUCACGUGUGAGCGCCAGUUGCCAGACAACACCACCUACACCCUGAUCUUCCGUCCGCUGCGGGCGGUGAUGCGAUAUCAGUACCGGGCACUCCAACAGCUGGCCCUAACCAGGGCCGUCGAUGUGCAACGGAUCCUUUUUCCCGGGGAAAUACCCCGGCAGUCGAUUGCACAUGGCGCCUUGGAGCUGAACAACCGGCGCAUAUCCAGUAAUCCGGAGCAGAUGCAAGCGGUUCAGCAGAUAGCGCUGAGCCACAAACUACCGGCACCGUAUAUCGUGUUUGGACCUCCGGGAACGGGCAAGACGGCGACCAUCUGUGAGGCCAUUUACCAGUUGUAUGUGCGUCGCCCGGAAACCCACAUCCUGGUGCUAGCUGGCUCCAAUACGGCAUGCGACGAGGUGGCGCUCCGGCUUCUAAAGGCCAUCGCUAAGGCUCCGGAGAGCCAGCCUCGACCGCUCACCCGUAUCUUUUCCGCCAGCUGCGAUCGGCGCAUCGACAAUAUCGACGACCUGCUCUUGGAGUACUCCAACAUGUACGCACUGCACUUUUAUCCAGCCGUCCAGGCGGUACACCAGUAUCGGAUCGUCGUCUGCACUCUCAGCUUGGCCGGAAAGCUGUCAACCGGAGGAUUUGCCAAGGGGGAUGUGUUUUCGCAUGUUUUUGUAGACGAGGCGGCCGCUUCCACCGAGGCGGAGGUUUUGAUGGGCAUCACAUGCACCUUAUCGCCGAACUCGAAUCUGAUCCUAUCCGGGGAUCACAAGCAGCUGGGACCAGUACUGCAGUCGCAGAGGGCCAACGAGUGGGGACUGGGCCUGUCGCUUUUCGAGAGACUGAUGCAGAGGAAGUGUUACCAAGUGGACGAGGAUGGCAGCUACAAUAGGGCUGUGCAAACUCGUCUUAUUCGUAACUAUCGCUCCCAUCCGGAGAUCGUUUCGCUUUACAACGAGCUCUAUUACGGCGGAAAACUCCGGGCCCACGCACCCAUGGAGAGCGUUUGCCGUUUCCAAAACUGGUUUCAUAUGCCCAAUCCCGACUUUCCCAUAAUGUUCCAUUCGGUAUUUGGUACCACCAUGAACACCAAAAGCUCUGUGAGCCUGUGCAACAAUAAGGAGAUCGAUGCUGUCAUGGAUUACGUCAAGGAUCUUAUGUACUUGGGUCUCAACGGUGAGAAGGUUUCGCAGGCGGAUAUCGGUAUCAUAUCACCGUACAAGAACCAGUAUCAACGCAUCCAGGAGCAGCUGAACAUGCGCAACUGGUCGCAGAUAGAUUGCGGGUCAGUUGAGCUUUUCCAGGGCAAGGAGAAGCAGGUGAUCAUAGUAUCCUUCGUGCGCUCCUUCACUCCCAAGCUGGGCUUCUUGACCAAUGAACGGCGUCUGAAUGUCCUGCUCUCGCGUCCGAUGUCACUGCUAAUUCUAAUCGGAAAUCCACGUACGCUUAGUCAAAACAAUGACUUCCGGCGCAUAAUCGAGAUGUGUCGUGAUCGGAAGACCCUCGUUGGAUGCCCGUACUAUCGCGAGGAUGUCAAUCCGAACAAGCAGAACGGGCAGCACAACGCCCAUGGAGCUGCAGCUGUGGAGCAGCCUGCAUCUGGUCUGGGACAACCCCUAAAGCGAACUGCCAACGCAAAGAACCCAGCUCAGGCCGUUCGUCUUUUCUACAACAAGGAGGAACUGCUCAAGCUGGGCAUUGAGUGCAAGCCCCAGAAAUCGGAGCUGGACAAAAUAUUCGACGAAUUGCCAAAAGUUCCCCGCUACGUGGACCAGAACUCGGAUGCAGUUCGUUCAAUAGAGGCUCAACUGAAGGAUUUAAAAUUGGAAAUCAGGGAGAAAGCUGCCCCACAACCUGCAGUUCCAUCAAAGCCGGCUGCUCAACCUGUUGUUGCACCAAAGCCUGUUGUGGCACCAAAGCGUGCCUCACAACCUGUGGUUGCACCAAAGCCGGCUCCACAACCUGUUGUGGCACCAAAGCCAUUUGUCCGGUCUUCAGAAACCCAGAUUCCUACGUCAUACGGACGCCCUGUAAUCAAGACUUCCGAACCCCUGGUUAUUCCGGCUUGCAAACGACCAGAACCCAAGGUGCCAGAUCCUCUGGCCAUUCCGCCAUACAGGCCGCAACGAUAUAUUAACGGAGUGCCAUGUGGCAUUGAGUUGCCCAGUGCUCCGCCAUUGUCGCCGCCGAAGACCAGGUCUUCGACCUACCGCUACAUUCCCAGUGACAACCUGCGGUUCGAGGAUCUGCGACCCGUGACCGAGGAGUACCGACGUCAGCCGCCAUUCAACGAACAGCGCCGCGCUCCUCCUUUCCGCGAGCCUCACGGUAACUGGAACAAUUUUGGCUGGUCGCCGCCACGAUCUCCUCCAACGCCACCGCCGAAGGAAAAAAAGUCGAAGUGCGUCAUUUCAUAAUUGUAGCUAAGGGCUACUUCAUAUAUAUGAGGACAGGACGGUUGCUUGGCCUAACAAGUAACCGUGUGGUCCUCUUUUUGACUUUGCUAUUGGCAUUUGUGCGAUCUGCGAUCAUCCAUGCGCCAAGUAGCAAAACAACUUACCAAAUAGAUUCGCACCUGAUGUGCGUCCAUUGGAAAAGCAGGUGCAGAAGAAUGGUUCACCCUGGUCAUAUGGGGUCAACCCAAUCUUCUGUUCUGCCUUUUCCGCUGGGCCGCAUCAUUUGCGAAUGUAAUUGAUUCGAUCAAAGACAUGGAGCCCUCAAAGUGAACACUUUUCGGUUGUAACAGCCCGAGGUUUUUGAUUUAUGCUAUGGAUGCGAUUCAUAGUAUAAACCGCAAAUCUUGUGUACGAUUCAGUCUUCAGGUUUGACUUUGGGUGUUUUAAAAUAUAUAAUAAUCUACUCAGAAGGGGGAUCGGCAUAAAACUAGAUACAUCCCCACAAAAAAAAUAUGUAAACUGCACCAUUGAAUUUCUGUAACCGUUCCAUAUCCAUGUAAGACAAAGGACUAAUAUAACUGACAUGCUUGUGUAAUAUGUUUUCCUCCACUUGGGGGAAUCAUAAAAAUUAGGGAACAAUGCUUAUGUGUUCCGAGGUUUAUGGCUCAUGCAAAUAAUAUUUUUCAUUUGAACAAAUAAAUACAAGUAUCUAAAAGCA